CCUCAGUGUUAAUGGACCCUAGUCUUCAGCCAAGCUGCGUGUGGGGAGAGAGGGAGAAGGCUGCUGUCGAGUACCUCGUUUGCUUUCCAGUCUCGUUAGGAGAAAUUGGAAUGUACAAAAAUCACAUAAAAGACACCAACAACAAUUGCAAUAAAAGCCUUCUCCUUGACCAUAAGGAGAAGCUGAUCCAGGCUAUUAAAAGAAUAAAGCAUGAGGUAGACGAGUGCUGGGAGGCAGAGAGAGAGACGUACAUAUGGUCUGUUGGUGUAGAGAGAUGUUUUGAUAAUCUGGAACGGGAGGUCCGAGCUGAGUUCCAGAACCUCCAUCGCUUCCUGGACGAAGAGGAGACCAUGGACAUGGAGCGACUGAAGAAGGAGAAAGAGAAGAGGGUGAAGCUGCUUAGGGAGAGAGAGAAGAAGAUCGCCAUGCAGGGAAGAGAUCUAGAGAGAGGCAUUGCCACGCUAAACAACAAACUGGCCGAGGAGGAUAGUCCCAAACUGCUCAAAGAGAUUCAAGACCUCUUGAAAAGGUCCCAGGUGGCUUUCAUACCCCCUCCGCAGGUGGAUGUGGAGGUGCGAUCAGCACACUUUGUGGGGCCCAUCCAGUACAGGAUAUGGAAACACAUGAAGAGCUGCCUGUACCCAAAUAUCACUGAAGUGACCUUUGACCCAUCUGCCACUUUUCUGCUUGUGGUUCGGGAGGACAAAGUAUCCCAACGCCUCGCGAGGAGAAGCAGCCACCCAACCCCCCUGCCUUCCACUACUUACUACAGUGUCAUGGGACCGAGCAAAGUGCCUUCAUCACCGGACCCAUUCACUGGGAGGUGGAGUUGGGCGGCAAGAACCAGCCGUGGCCGGGCGGUCUGUGCAGGAGGACGUGCCACAGGGGGCGAGAUGGACUCCAUGGGACCAGUAACGUCUCUGCCCGGAACCCUAUCCCUGAAGGAGAGGGCCAUCUUGGCCUGUACAGACCCCCAAAACCCACUCAACGUCCUGGUGUCCAUCAGGCCCGUCCGGAUCGGAGUGUUCUUAGACUGUGAGAAGGAGGAAGUAGCGUUCAUAUACGCUGUUACCAUGACGCCAGCUGUACAACACACUCCAUGA